AUGUGGGAUGGAGCGAACCAGACCACACACAGUAGGAGGAGCAGAAGGGAGUGCUCGUUCAUUUCGGACUCGUUCAUGACAUCAGCGCAGCCUUAAUCCUGCCCAGAGCCCGGGAGAGACAGGGGAGGCGGCUGCAGCGCAGCGAGCACUCGGGCGCAUCACAAUGAUGAAGGGAGCGAGUCUGUCGGGAAGCGGCGGCGGCGGCAAUAAAAAGAUCGCCCUGUCUCUGCUGGAAGCUGCCCGUUCCCGGUACGAGAGCCUGCAGAUUUCUGAUGAUCUGUUUGGGGAGUCUGGAGAUGACAGCAGCAGUGGGAACCCCUUCUAUAGUACCUCGCCUGAUUCACCCACCUCAGCCUCGGGCUGCUCCAGCGAGGAUGAGGAUGGCGGAGGAAGGAAGACGCCACAUCCAUUGGGCCAGUGCGAGGUUGGAGAGCUGGGCAGAAAUGUGGGUGAUGGCGAUUUGGGCAAUAGCACACCCCACGGCACGCCGAGGGUUAAGGGAAAAGAAGUGCAGCGGGACUGUACUGAGAGGGAUACGGUCGGGGAGUCGCUGCUCCAUAGAGAGAGAACAGUGACUUGCUGCGAGGAAGGGGAUGCAGAGCAGCAAGUGCCCAUAGACAACCUGAAGGAGGAGGAGGGCUGGUCCCACACCCUGCAGGAUAGAGCCGCCCCCUAUUUCAGCGACACCAGCGGGCCAACACGUAAUAUGCCACCCACAUCCAGUGUAAUGGAUUUCUUUCAACUAUUUGUCCCUGACAAUGUUAUAAAGAACAUGGUGACACAAACGAACAUGUAUGCCAAGAAAUACCAAGAAAAGUUUGGAAGUGAUGAUGCCUGGACAGAUGUUACACUGGCGGAAAUGAAAUAUUUUUUGGGCUACAUGAUAUCAACUAGCACUCACCAUUGUGAGUCAGUACUCAGCAUAUGGAGUGGGGGGUUUUACAGUAACAGAAGCAUUGCUCUCAUUAUGACACAACCAAGGUUUGAAAAAAUUCUAAAAUAUUUCCAUAUUGUGGCCUUUCGGUCCAGUCAGACAACUCAUGGCCUUUACAAGAUUCAGCCUUUUCUUGACUCUCUUCAGAAUUGUUUUGACUCAUGCUUCAAGCCUUCACAAACCCAGGUGCUGCAUGAGCCUUUAAUUGAUGAAGACCCAGUGUUCAUUGCUACCUGCACAGAACGAGAGCUGCGCAAAAGGAAAAAGAGAAAAUUUAGUGUUUGGGUCAGACAGUGCUCAUCUACUGGUUUCAUUUGCCAGGUUUACAUUCAUUUAAAGGAAGGAAGUGCCACAGAUGGCCUUGACACAUUGAAAAACAAACCACAGCUUCACCGCAUGGUGGCCAAGAACUUGUGUCAAAAUGCAGCUGGGAAAAACUACAUCAUUUUCACUGGGCCUAGCAUUACAAGCUUCAGUCUGUUUGAAGAAUUUGAAAAGCAAGGUAUUUAUUGCUGUGGAUUAUUAAGCUCCCGUAAAAGUGACUGCACUGGACUUCCUCCAUCAAUGCUUAGUAACACAGAAGUACCACAAGCUCGGGGGCAGUAUGCUAUCAGAGUGAAGGGAAACAUGUCCCUUAUUUGCUGGUACAAUAGAGGAUAUUUUCGCUUUCUUACCAACGCUUACUCUUCAAUUCAGCAAGGAGUCAUCAUUAAAAGGAAGAGUGGAGAGAUUCCUUGUCCUUUGGCAGUUGAAGCAUUUGCUGCUCACCUCAGUUACAUCUGUAAAUAUGAUGAUAAAUACAGCAAAUAUUUUAUUUCACACAAACCUAACAAAACUUGGCAGCAGGUGUUCUGGUUUACUAUCAGCAUUGCUAUAAACAAUGCCUACAUCCUCUAUAAAAUGUCUGAUGCCUACCACGUAAAGAGAUACAGUCGGGCUCAGUUUGGGGACAGACUUGUGCGGGAGCUGCUAGGACUGGAGGAUACAUCGCCAUGCCAUUGAUAUCAGCCUACUCUAUGGUCUCGUGUUGUGAAUAUGAGACUUAAGCUUACGAUUGCCAUUCAGGGAUGUUGGCGCCAGCUAUGCCAACCUACUAUAUAUAGUGAUGUAAACCACUGAAUCAUUAGGAUGUGUAACAGAUUAUUUUAAAACACACGAAGAGGAUUUAAUAUUCAUCACUUCACUGAAUUUUUGUUAGAGUUUACAGAACCCACACAUUUUUAAAGGUUUUCAAACUGAAAUCUAGAAAUUGUGGAGUGGAAGUUUGAUGCUUGUAUGAGGGCAGUUUGCACCAAUAAAAUAUAUAUUUUAAGGCAAUUACUUUUCUGUAACCAAUGUGCAAUAUAUUAUACCAUGUUUUACUUUUUUAUGUCACUGAUUUUUUUUUUGAGUCAAUGUUAUUUAAGUAUAUUGUGUUUUGAUGAAUGAGAAAUACUGUUCAAAUGCUGCAGAAUUUCAAAUAAGAAUAAUUAAUGUAACUUGGUGUUCGUGCUGGUCAUUUCUUUUAGUCUGUAUUUCUGAAGUGGGGAUAUUAUCAUUUUUAACAUGUAUUUAUAAAGAACCAACAUGUUCCACUGUACUAUAAAUGGGUGUAUACAUUGUAACAUACAACCAAUAAAAGAAGUAAAAAUGG